CUGCCCAACUCCAAAAUGGCGCUCACUAGCCUCAGCAAGAGGAGCGAACCUCCCAGCACCCUCUCCGGCCCGCAGCGUCAGGUGACGCGAGCCCCAGCCGGAAGUGAAGGAAAAAGCGCCUCAGCCCGCGGCGCCUGCGCAGAAGGGUCUAGACGCUGUGAAGCAGGAGGCACUUGGGAUCGUCCGCAGGAUUGGGACUGCUACAGAGGCCGCCACGGAGCCCGCCGGAGCCACCGUUCCUGCUGCUGCUGCCGCCGCUGCCCGAAUCGGAACUGUCGGGCCGCAGCCGCCGGCAAUGCCGCGAAGGAAGAUCUCGAGCACACAGACAGUUCAGAGAGUGAUGGCACAUCCCGGCGAUCUGCCCGAGUUACCCGCUCCUCAGCCCGGCUGAGCCAGAGUUCCCAAGAUUCCAGUCCUGUUCGAAAUUUGCAAUCUUUUGGCACUGAGGAGCCUGCUUAUUCUACCAGAAGAGUGACCCGUAGUCAGCAACAGCCUACCCCAGUGACUCCGAAAAAAUACCCCCUUCGUCAGACUCGUUCGUCUGGCUCAGAAACAGAGCAAGUGGUUGACUUUUCAGAUAGAGAAACUAAAAAUACAGCUGAUCAUGAUGAGUCUCCACCUCGAACUCCAACUGGAAAUGCCCCUUCUUCUGAGUCUGACAUAGACAUCUCCAGCCCCAACGUGUCUCAUGAUGAGAGCAUUGCCAAGGACAUGUCCCUGAAGGACUCAGGCAGCGAUCUCUCUCAUCGUCCCAAGCGCCGUCGCUUCCAUGAAAGCUACAAUUUCAAUAUGAAGUGUCCUACUCCAGGCUGUAACUCCCUAGGACAUCUUACAGGAAAGCAUGAGAGACAUUUCUCCAUCUCAGGAUGUCCACUCUAUCAUAACCUCUCAGCUGAUGAAUGCAAGGUGAGAGCACAGAGCCGGGAUAAGCAGAUAGAAGAAAGGAUGCUGUCCCACAGGCAAGAUGACAACAACAGGCAUGCAACCAGGCACCAGGCACCAACAGAGAGGCAGCUGCGGUAUAAGGAAAAGGUGGCUGAACUCAGGAAGAAAAGGAAUUCUGGGCUGAGCAAAGAGCAGAAAGAGAAAUAUAUGGAACACAGACAGACCUAUGGGAACACUCGGGAACCUCUCUUGGAAAACCUGACUAGCGAGUAUGACUUGGAUCUUUUCCGAAGAGCACAAGCCCGGGCUUCAGAGGAUUUGGAGAAGUUAAGGCUGCAAGGCCAAAUCACUGAGGGGAGCAACAUGAUUAAAACAAUUGCUUUUGGUCGUUAUGAGCUGGACACUUGGUACCAUUCUCCUUAUCCCGAAGAAUAUGCACGACUGGGACGGCUCUACAUGUGCGAAUUCUGUUUAAAAUACAUGAAGAGCCAAACGAUACUUCGCCGACACAUGGCUAAAUGUGUGUGGAAACACCCACCUGGCGAUGAGAUCUAUCGCAAAGGCUCCAUCUCCGUGUUUGAAGUGGAUGGCAAGAAAAACAAGAUCUACUGCCAAAAUCUGUGCCUGUUGGCCAAGCUUUUUCUGGACCACAAGACAUUAUAUUAUGAUGUGGAACCCUUCCUGUUUUAUGUUAUGACUGAAGCGGACAAUACCGGCUGUCACUUGAUUGGAUAUUUUUCCAAGGAAAAGAAUUCAUUCCUCAACUACAAUGUGUCAUGUAUCCUCACCAUGCCUCAGUACAUGAGACAGGGCUAUGGCAAGAUGCUCAUCGAUUUCAGUUACUUGCUUUCCAAAGUGGAAGAAAAAGUUGGCUCCCCGGAGCGUCCCCUCUCUGACCUGGGGCUCAUAAGCUAUCGCAGUUACUGGAAAGAAGUGCUUCUCCGUUACCUGCAUAAUUUCCAAGGCAAAGAGAUUUCUAUCAAAGAAAUUAGCCAGGAGACAGCUGUGAAUCCUGUGGACAUUGUCAGUACUCUGCAAGCCCUUCAGAUGCUCAAGUACUGGAAAGGAAAACAUCUAGUUCUAAAGAGACAGGACCUGAUUGAUGAGUGGAUAGCCAAAGAGGCCAAAAGAUCUAACUCCAAUAAAACCAUGGAUCCAAGCUGUUUAAAAUGGACCCCUCCCAAGGGCACUUAAAGUGACCUGUUACUCUGAGCCAGCGAACCCCAGCAGUAGGAAUCCGUACCCUAGGGAUCUGUCUGUCAUUUCUGUUGCUCUUGUGAUUGGCAAGUACAGUAUCCUUUGGGAAGGCCAUCCCCCUCAGGACUGUCCUGGCUCCGACCCUCGUGUACACUGCAGACGCUGGUUCUGAGGAACUGUUGUUUCGGCCUCAGUGAGGUUGCCUGGAUGGGAUCGCUGUUUAGACUUGAGUGCAGAUCCCUCGUAGCACUGACCCAAGGUGUUCUGUUUGGUACUGUACCUGUCCAGUCACUGGUUCUCCUCAUGUCCUCUAGCCCCAUGAGGUUGUGUUGUGUCUUCUAAACUUUGUACUAGUGCUUCUUGCUGCCCGGAUACCAGACUUCAAACCAUGGUUGCCACCACCAGGACCUUUCCAAUUACUCCUUACAUGCGGUUUUUUUGGAAGAGCAGGGAAGAGGUAACAUUUCUGAGUGUGUGUACUAGGAGGGGUCCAUUCCCUUUGGAUUUUAUCUCACUUGAAAUUUUUUCUGCCAUUUUUAUUGAAAGGCCGGUUUUUGAUCCGUGUCAAGCUGACAAGAGACCAAUAUUUUUUAAAACUCUCCCAUGGAUUCGUCUUGGUAACUGCACAUAACUUAAUCAGAAUGAAAUGGAGAGAAUUGACAGGUGGUGAUUCUGUAAUUUGAUUUGAGUUCACCUGUGGGCAUCGUGUGUCAGUGGAAGGAAACCAGUCCUCAUUGCCUCACCAGAAAGUGCCCAGCCCUAAAUGUUUUCCUCUCUCGUAAGCCCUUGCUCCUUUUUACAUUGGCAGGGGCUAAACAGUGUCCGGUUCUCCCUUUCAUGCUGCAUGCUAACCAGUUCAUCAGACUGCAGAACCUACCCCCCGCCCCCCACUGUACCUGCCAGUCUCAUCUGGCACACCUGUAUUUUUGCAUUGAUUUUUUUUUUUUUUUUUUUUUUUUUGCCUAAACCUCCUUGGAGAAGUAGGAAAUGAGUGCACAUGACUUCCAGAUCUCCUCUAAGCCCAUGACUCAGCAAGGCAGAGUGCCACCCCCUCCCAGUGUUUGCUUCUCUGACAGUGCCUCGCCCUCCCUCUUGAACUGAAGUGCUCCUGCCCUUCCAAGAACUCCUCCUCCAUUUCCUUUUUGGGAUUUGCCACCAUUCCCCCUGUUCUCUGCUCUAUUUUUGGUUUCAAGCAAAGGAAGAAAUGCUCCCUCUAAUUUCUCUCCAGCCCAUUAUAACCUGCUAUCUUGGGGCAGCUUUUGAUGUAUGACAUGCCACCCUUCCCAACUUGGUCUCCUCCAACACUGCUGUCUUCGUGUGGAGCCCUUCCCACAAUCCCGACUCUGGUCAUUUGUGCCUUUCUCUUGUCAUCUGUGUACACUACUUAUACUCCCUGUGGGUUGGGGGGAGCUAAUUUUAAGCAUGUUCAGUGGCAGCUCCCUGCCAGUUUCAGUGUCACUGUUAAAGUUUAUCCAAAAGCAACUUCACUGGGGGUUUUCUUAAGGGGUAAAGGUCUUUUACCGAAGCUAACCCUUCCCCACAUGUGGUAGAAUGUGCUGUUCUAUAUCUACUCCUCAAUAAAGCAUGUUCUCUGCUCAA